CCUCUCCUUCUCCCUCUCCCUCUCCCUUCCCCCUCCCCUUCGCUCACCCUCCAUUCCUAUAACCCUUAUCUCCCCCUUCCCCGCCCCUCAUCUCAUCUACUACUCCCCGGUCAUGUUAGCCAUCGUCGACUCUGGCUAAUCACCCGGGUUUCGUCUCCCUGAAUGCACGCCAUUUGCUCCAUCCGCCCUCGUCGCUACUAUGGCUGCGCAGUCCAAACUACUUCCGCCCGAGCGGUCCAUACGACACCUCUUCUCCCGUCUGGCAGCCACCUAUCUCCGUCACCGUAAGAAAAUCUCCCGCACCGUUUAUCUGGCCCUUUUCGCCGCCCUCGUGAAACGCGUCCAUAAUGCCAUCUCCGAGCAAAAGGCGGCCUCUCACCACCAGGAAGCACUGCGGAAGCGGCCCGGAACCAGCAGCCUCGGCGAGGAGGGCGACCGCCCACGCAAAAGGGUCGAGGUUAACCGGGAAUUCUUUCGAAACCUGAUCCGCCUGCUCAAGAUCGUGAUCCCCGGUUGGCGGAGCAAGGAGCUACGGCUACUUUUCGGGCACAGUGUCUUCUUGGUGCUGCGGACGCUGCUGAGUCUGUAUGUGGCGGAGCUGGAUGGGCGGCUGGUUAGUAAUUUGGUGAGGGGGAGAGGGAAAGAUUUCCUCCUGGGACUGGUGUGGUGGAUGAUCGUGGCGGUUCCUGCGACGUUCACAAACUCGAUGCUUUCUUAUCAUCAAUGCAAACUGGCCCUCGCCUACCGCAAGCGCCUGACAGACUACAUCCAUGAGAAGUAUCUGUCUAACAUGACAUUCUAUGCGAUUUCAGCUUUGGACGAUAGGGUCAAGAACCCCGAUCAGCUCAUCACGGUAGAUGUGUCCCGAUUUUCUGACAGCCUGGCAGAGCUGUACUCCAAUCUGGCCAAGCCGAUCCUGGACAUGGCUAUCUACAACUACUCUCUUUCGAAGAGUGUGGGCGGAGAAGGCCUGUUCAUCAUGAGCCUGCUCGUGCAAUUGUCCGCGAAUGUCAUGCGUGCAUUGACACCGCCCUUCGGCAAAUACGUGGCCGACGAAGCCCGCCUGGAAGGAGAGUUCCGGUUCCUGCACUCGCGGCUAAUCGACUACAGCGAGGAGGUGGCUCUCUACCACGGCCACGAGGCGGAAAAAGACACCCUGGACAAGGGUUACUUCACUCUGAUCAAACAUGUGAACCGCAUUCUCCGAAGACGCUUAUACCAUGGAUUUAUGGAGGACUUCGUCAUCAAGUACUUCUGGGGUGCCUUGGGCUUGAUCUUGUGCAGUAUUCCUGUCUUCUUCGGAAUUCCUGGCCAAGUCACCCAAACCAUGGGCGACCGUACCGAAAGCUUCGUUACGAAUCGGAGAAUGCUGCUGUCCUCGUCCGACGCCUUCGGACGUCUAAUGUUCUCCUACAAAGAAAUCUCCGAACUAGCCGGCCACACAGCCCGUGUCUCCUCACUGCUCGAGGUUAUGGACGACCUCUUGGCAGGCCGCUUCGAGAAGAAGCUAGUAUCCUCCGCCUCCACGGAGGAGAACACAGCAAUUCUAUCCGGUCGUGGGGUCGUCGAGGAAAGCGACUCCAUCGAAUUCACCGAUGUGCCUAUCGUGUCACCAAACGGCGAUGUUCUAGUUCGCAAGCUAUCCUUCACCGUCCACCCAGGCGACCACCUCCUAAUCGUCGGACCCAACGGAUGCGGAAAAUCCUCCCUCUUCCGCAUCCUCGGUGGCCUAUGGCCCGUCUACGGAGGAAGAGUCAAGAAACCCCGAUUCGAAGAUAUCUUCUACAUCCCACAACGACCAUAUCUUUCGCGAGGCACUCUUCGCCAACAGGUCAUCUACCCAGACGGUGUUCGCGAGAUGCGCGCCAAGGGUAUCACCGAUGACGACCUCUUUGAUAUCCUUUCCGUUGUAGAGAUUGCCUCGGUCGUCGACCGCCCAGGGGGUUGGGACGCCGAAGAGGAAUGGCGUGACGUACUCUCAGGCGGUCUACAACAACGGAUAGCCAUGGCUAGAUUAUUCUAUCACCGACCCAAAUUCGCCAUCCUGGAUGAAUGUACCUCCUCCGUGACUCUGGAGAUUGAACGAGUCAUGUACGAGACGGCCAAGCAGCUGGGAACUACAUUGAUGACAGUAUCCCAUCGCCGCAGUCUCUGGAAGUAUCAUAAGAAGAUCCUGCAGUUCGAUGGAGAAGGAAGCUAUAUAUUCACCGGGUUGGACUGGGAACGAAGACUCAAGUUGGAAGAUGAGAAGGAGGAGCUGGACCUCCAACUUCGAAUGGUUCCCGAAUUGCAGAAGCGCAUGGCUGAAUUGAGUGCCUCGUAGGGAUCUUAUACAAUCUUGGUUUAAUUGUGUUAUACAAUAUAGAGCAUAACUGGAUCUGACUAUUGUUCGUUUGUCUUCUGCUUUGUCAUUAUCGUGUUUAGGUGUGUCAGCCCGUACGGGGCAGCUUACAAGUUCAUGGCUGGUGUAGAGGGGAGGGGAGCCUGUAAGAACACUAACUUGCAUAGAAUAUAGCUGUGUCAUAAUGCCUGAUCCAAACAGUCGGUUGUUGUCAAUGAGCGAAUGGCUCCAUUACAAAAGUCUCUCCCUGUUCUCUCAAAACCGUCCAGUGGAAUCCACGUACAGAGAAAUCCAACUCGCCAAAGAAAGAAACGUGGAAACAGCGGGUGUCAGACGCAGCAAGCUAGAU